CCGUUCCCCUAAAUUAUUUGAGGGCUAUGGGAAGAUUAUUUUGCUUUCUACCCCUCCAAUUUCUAUGCCUUUUCUCAUUUCCGUGCAUGGAUAUUUCACGGUUAGUAAUAAUCGUCGUUCUUUAUGGUCGGCUGCAGACAACGAAGGCCUGGCGGCGGAUGCGUUAGCUAGAAUAAAAGUUUCAUGGAAUAGAUAUUUAUUUGAAAUUGUCUUACCAAAGGCUUGGGCGAAAUUCCUUCGUGAGCUCCCGCUUAAAAUUCCUAACAUUAGAUCUGAUGAUAUAUAUAAAUUUUGGCCAAUAGUCAGAGGAGAUACAUCAGGUAGCAUAGGUAAAUUUUGCAAGGAUCCGUUGCAGAAUGUUGUAGAAAAUCCUAAUGUUGAGGAUCGUGUAUUCAAAGGACCUCCUUCAUUAUAUGAUAUUUGA